UGACUUCUUAAAAAAUGACUCAGCAGAACUGAACAAGAAAUUCUUUAGCAUUUGCAAUAAUAAUACUAUUCAUGUGGAAGCUAUCAGUUUUUUUGGUGGUUCAGCUUCUAGAUACACAAUAAUCCAUAUUUAUGUCCUGGUUUGGUUUUCUAUUGCUGUCAAAAAUUUCACAAGCAGUUCCUUAAAGCAAUACGAUGUAUUAUCUCAUUAUUUUAUAAAACAAAAUUCUAGUAAGUGUCUAACUGACAGCAGUCCAUGGGGACACAUUGGGUUCUGGAGACUAUAGAAUCUAUUUUGUCUUUUCCAUGCAAUAAAUGUUGCAUGGCUCCUUUAUCCAACUUCACAGCCUGAAACAUUGCUUCCAUUUCCCUCUGAGCCAGCCAGGAAAUAACAUUUAAAUAAAAGUCCUUUAUUAAUAAGAGACCUAUUUGUAAAAUGAAGGGCAAUCUCCUGUUCAGAAAAAUCUUUAACUUAGGUUUGCAAUAGAUUUUCCUGCCAGGUAAGGUAACGUAGUUACAGAUUCUGUGGCAUCUUUGAGUGGCUAUUAUUCCGUAUAGCAAUACCAUCUGUUGUCAAAAGCAGACACAUAAAGAUAAUUAUAACAAGAUUUUAGGUCUCAUUGACCUGAGGAAUCCAAUUAACAAACAUCUAGCGCCAUUAGCAGAACCAGUGAAUUGAUAAGAGUAUCAGUAUCUGUGUGGUACUGGAUUCCAAACUCUGAGCUUCAUGUAUGCUAACACACCCUAUAACUGAACUUCCUGUCCUGCCCAUUGCGAACUUUCGCUGCAACUCAAUUCAAAUUUUAGAAACAGAAAACCUAAGCAAAUGAUGAUCUAGUCUUUCAAUACACAACUUAAACUCUAUUUUAAAAUAGAUUUUUAGAUUUGAAUCUAGACAAUUCAAUUAAAAAUAAGCAAACACCAGAAUAGAUAUUUUCCAAAGAAGAUAUACCAAUGGCUAAUAAGCACAUGAAAAGCUGUGCAACGUACCUCAUCAGAGAAAUACAAAUCAAUCAACAUCACAGCAAGACACUCAUACCUACUAAGAUGGCUAGGACCAAAGAGUUAGAUAAUAAGUAUUGGAAGGAUGUCAUAAUAUUGGAACCCUGACGCACAGGUGAUAAAAUUUAAAUGCCGCAUCUGUUUUUGGAAAUAGCCUGUCAGUUUUUCAGGUGAUAAAUAUAGAGCUAUCAUGUGACAAACAAUUCAACUCCUAGAGAAAUAAAAAUAUGUCCACAUAAAAUAGGCACAUAAAUGUUCAUGCCAAUGCUGUUCAGGAGAGCAAAAGCACAAAAAUAAUUCAAAUGUACAAAUAAAUAUUAGCCAGAAAGUGCAAUAAAAUACUGACCUGUGUUAGAAUUUGGAUGAACCUUGGAAACACUAGGCUAAGGGGAAAAAGCUAACCAUAGAAGUCCAAAUAUUCUGUCAUUCUGAUCAUAUGGAAGUUUACAAUAAGGAACUCUGUAGAGACCAGGCAAGGAGAUGAAUGAUUCCUUUGGACUCUGCAUAGAGGAAAAGGGAAAUAAUAAGGUAAUAGUUAAAAGAUUCAAGGUUAUUCUUUGGCAUAAGACACAUGCUCCAAAACUGACUUUGGUUAUGGGGUGUAUCACUUCAUGUAUGUAUGAAAAGACUUUAAACUUUAUACUUUUAAAUGGAUGCAUAACCCAAAGCUAUGGAUGUUAUAACCCAAAGCUGUAUAUUUAAAAAAAAACACAUUAUUCAUGCUGAAUAUGAAAUCAACCCAGGACCAUACAGGUCUAUGUAUGAAAUAAUUUUCUAGUAAUUGAACAUUGGGAAAAGUUAAAAUUCUUUCCCUUGGAUGUUGGAGAAAAGAAGGAAUCUAUUGGUUCUUUAAUAAAUCAUGUCUAUAUUCUGUAGAAUUCACUAGGUUGAAAUUUUGCACUGUCUACUCAUUUGUAACUCUCGAAGUGUGUAUGGUGGAAAAUACGUGCUUAUGAAACUGUCCCCAUGUCAUUUUUGAGACAUUAUUACCCCUCAAUGCAUGUUCUCAGGUCAAAUGUUCAUUACACUAUUUUAUUUAGUUAUUGACACAUCGGCAGCAUUCCAUACUUAACACCAUGAAUGAUAAUUUACUUUUGUACUCAUUUUAAUACAAUGCCUCGGUGUUUUAUUGGUACACAUGCACGCAACUUGUAAAAGGAAGCCAGUGAUUCACGUUACAUGGCUUAUUCCACACGCCUUGGAGAAUUCUGCCUUUAGUUGAAUCUGAAUGUGUAAGGCUCCGUGAGACCGCGCGGUGGCGCUGCAGGCUAAGAAGACGGAGCACAGGAAUUGCUUCAGCAAUUUCAUUCCUGGUCGGGGACCAGUCAACUCGCCACCUAGAAGCAAUAGGUGCCGCUUUUUCAGCCAAAGCAAAGGCGAGUGUGAAACCUUAAAUAUUCUCUUUGGAGGCUUGAUUCUAACAUUCUGGACUGUGAGAGAGCGCUGCCAGGAUCCUGGGCAAAGGCAGAGCUACUGUGAAGCAAACACCGAGGAAAGAGCCAUGGAGACUGUAAGGAUGCACAAUCCGAGACAAAGGCAAGUCCUGGCUUUCUUCGUUUCUCUGAGUGUGUCUUGGGCAAGCACGGAGCUGGGUCCAUAUUCCAUAGAGGAAGAAACGGAGAGGGGCUCCCUUGUGGCAAAUCUUGGGAAAGGUCUGGGGGUGGAGCUGGCAGAGAUAGCCACGCGCCGGGCUCGGGUCAUUUCCCAGGAAACCAAAGAGUAUUUGCAGCUCAACGUUCAGUCUGGAGAUUUGCUCGUAAAUGAGAAACUAGACCGAGAGGAGCUAUGUGGUCCCAUUGAGCCUUGUGUCCUACACUUCCAAGUGUUAAUGGAAAACCCUCUAGAGGUAUUCCAGGCUGAACUGAGGGUGAAGGACAUAAACGACCAUUCUCCAGUGUUCAGAGAAAGAGAAAUGAUCCUGAGGAUACCAGAAAACAGUCCGCUGGAAAGUACAUUCCCUUUAAAUAAUGCUCUGGACUCAGACGUAGAAAUCAACAAUAUCCAGAGCUACAAGCUCAGCUCAAACUCUCAUUUCCUGGUGGUAACCCGCAACCGCAGUGACGGCAGGAAGUACCCGGAGCUGGUGCUCAAGAAGGAAGUGGAUCGGGAGAGGGAGCCCGAGCUGAGGUUAACUCUGACAGCUUUGGAUGGCGGCUCUCCUCCCCGGUCUGGGAUGGCCCGGGUUCUCAUUGAAGUCGUGGACAUCAACGAUAACGCGCCGGAGUUUCAGCAACCGCUGUACCAAGUGCGAAUCCCCGAGGACAGCCCCUCCGGCUCCCUGGUAGUCACAGUCUCUGCCAAUGACUUAGACAGUGGAGAGAAUGGGAAAGUACUGUACGCGCUCUCCCAGCCUGCAGAAGAUGUCAGCAGAACGUUAGAAGUGAAUCCCGUGACCGGGGAGAUUCGGCUACGAAAAGAAGUCGAUUUUGAAACGACACCCUCUUAUGAAGUGGACGUCAAGGCCACCGACGGGGGAGGGCUCUCGGGAAAAUGCACUCUGCUCCUGCAGGUCCCUCCAGAAGUGAUGCUAUCGGCGCUCACCAGCCCAGUGCCAGAAAACUCCCCCGAUGAAGUAGUUGCUGUUUUUACUGUUCGAGAUCCUGACUCGGGGAACAAUGGAAAGGUGAUUUCCUCCAUCCGGGAAGACCUUCCCUUUCUUCUAAAAUCUUCUGGAAAGAAUUUUUACACUUUAGUAACAAAAAGAGCACUAGACAGGGAAGAAAGAGCACAAUACAACAUCACCAUCACCGUCUCCGACAUGGGCUCACCCAGGCUCACAACCCAGCACACCAUAACAGUGCAGGUGUCCGACAUCAACGACAACGCCCCCGCCUUCACCCAAUCCUCCUACACCCUGUCUGUCCGCGAGAACAACAGCCCCGCCCUGCACAUAGGCACCAUCAGAGCCACAGACUCAGACUCUGGCUCCAAUGCCCACAUCACCUACUCGCUGCUGCCAUCACAGGACCCGCAGCUGGACCUCACCUCACUCAUCUCCAUCAACACCGAUAAUGGGCAGCUGUUUGCGCUUAGAGCGCUGGACUAUGAGACCCUGCAGGCCUUUGAGUUCCUCGUGGAAGCUGUAGAUCAAGGCUCCCCUGCACUCAGCAGCCAGGCGCUGGUGCGCGUGCUGGUGCUGGAUGACAAUGAUAAUGCGCCCUUCGUGCUCUACCCUCUGCAGAACGCCUCUGCGCCCUGCACUGAGCUGCUGCCCAGGGCGGCGGAGCCUGGCUACCUGGUCACCAAGGUGGUGGCAGUGGACCGCGACUCUGGCCAGAACGCCUGGCUGUCAUUCCAGCUGCUCAAGGCCACGGAGCCAGGGCUGUUCAGCGUGUGGGCGCACAAUGGCGAGGUGCGCACCACCAGGCUGCUGAGUGAGCGCGAUGCCCCCAAGCACAGGCUGCUGCUGCUGGUCAGGGACAAUGGCGAUCCUCAGCGCUCUGCCAGUGUCACUCUGCAUGUGUUGCUGGUGGAUGGCUUCUCCCAGCCCUACCUGCCUCUGCCAGAGGUGGCGCGCGACCCCGCUCAGGAUGGUGAAGAUGUGCUCACGCUGUACCUGGUCAUAGCCUUGGCAUCUGUGUCCUCUCUCUUCCUCUUGUCCGUGCUGCUGUUCGUGGGGGUGAGGCUGUGCAGGAGGGCCAGGGCGGCCUCACUGGGUGUCUGCUCUGUGCCUGAGGGGCAUUUUCCUGGCCACCUGAUGGACGUCAGAGGUAUGGGGACCCUGUCCCAGAGCUACCAGUAUGAGGUAUGUCUGAUGGGGGAUUCUUCUGGGACCAGCGAUUUUAACUUCCUAAAGCCAGUUCUCCCUAGCUCCUUGCACCAGAGCUCUGGGACAGAAAUGGAGGAAAAUUCCACACUCAAGAACAGUUUUGGAUUUGAUCAUUAAUAGAAGGCUACUUAACAAAUAUUUAGUUCCCAAAAUUGUCUUGUUGGAUUAGCUAGCUAAAGUCUGUAUGCCUGUCACUAGCAACAAUUUUAAUUGUCACUUUACCCAUCAUUUUUCAGAUUCCUGCUAAUGCCACACGUUUGGUUUUACUCUCAUCUGUGGCAUAGAAUUUCUUUAUAGGAUCCCAGUAAAUGAAAAGGAUUUAUCUAUACAGUUAAAGUGAUCAUUAAAACUUUUCUACCACUUUUUGUUUACCUCAUUAGCUCUACACAUUUCAUGUCAAUGUUCUGUUCCUAGACUGCUUGAACUAUUGAAAUAUUGUGUUAUGUGCAUGUAUAGUAUUGGUAUUUCUGUAUUUCUUUUCUAUACUGACAGUCUUGCUGAUUAGAUAGCCUUGAUUUUCAUUAUAUACAAUAGUUGUCUUGGGCUAAUCUAGUAUUUUACAGUUCUAUUUUGCUUUCUUUAUAUAUCCUGAUUUAAAGUCUAUUUCUGUCGUACAUAAUACAAGUAUCUAGUCAAUCUGAAAGUAAGAACAGUAUUGUAAGAUCUUGAGUCUCUAUAGAUGUGCCUAAAUUUGUGGGAAUGAAGGCAAAUUUUGACAUUCUAAGGCAUCAAAUAGAAUUAAUAAUUUGUUUUAAUUCUGCAUGGAAACCUUAUAUAUAUGAUGAGUUUUCAAUGGUUGACAAUCCAGCCCUACUUUGUUGAAUAAACAGAGUAUGUUUAUCAUCAA